CGCCCGUCCGCCCGCUGGUGCCGUAUGGAGUAGCAGCUGUGCAACGCCAAUACUGUGCACAUUGUAGGCCCAAAGCGCUGCGCACCGGGCUACGUCUUUCGUUCUCCAAAUCCCCAUCAUGUCCUCGACGACAAUGGAAACAUCGACCGCGACGGGGACGGCCUCUUCGACGGCCACUAGUACAACCACAUCUUUCCAACUACCCUCCAGUCUCAAAGUUGUCGGCAUAAUACUGGCCAUCACCAGUGGUGUCCUUAUCGGGUCCAGUUUCGUCUUCAAGAAGAAAGGUCUCCUACGUUCACAGGCUGGGCGUACGGCGGGGGAAGGAGUCGCUUACCUUAAAUCACCGCUAUGGUGGACCGGCAUGAUCAUGAUGAUUCUAGGGGAAAUCUGUAAUUUUGCAGCAUAUGCAUUCGUAGAAGCUCUUGUUGUUACACCCAUGGGCGCACUGUCCGUUGUAAUUUGCGCGAUUUUGUCAUCAAUUUUUCUCAAAGAGAAACUCACAUUCUUCGGCUGGCUGGGAUGUGCUCUUUGUAUUAUUGGUUCAGUUAUCAUUGCUCUUAACGGUCCUCAAGAGUCAACCCCAAGCCAGAUCUCGGAGUUCAAACAGCUCUUCAUUGCCCCCGGAUUUCUCGCGUACAUCAGCGUGUUAGUCGCAAUCGCCCUUGGCAUCAUCGUUUAUUUUGGACCAAGGUAUGGAAAGCGGAAUAUGCUCUGGUACCUCGCCGUGUGCAGUACCAUCGGUGGCAUAAGCGUAAGCGUUACCACUGGGCUCGGUGCUGCAGUAGUAACCACUGCCAUGGGUCACAACCAAUUCAACAACUGGUUUAUAUUUUUCCUCGUGGCUUUUGUGGCUGUCACUCUUGUGACGGAGGUAUACUAUUUGAACGUUGCGCUUGCGCUAUUCAACACCGCUAUGGUCACGCCAACGUACUACGUGCUAUUUUCGUUCUGCUCGAUGGUCACUACUAUCGUCCUUUUCCAAGGUCUUGCUGCACCAGUGUCUCAAAUUCUAACGCUGGUAUUCGCGUUUCUUACCAUUUGCGUUGGGAUAACAAUCUUGCAAAUGUCCAAAAUUGAUCCUGCUCGGCUUUCCUCCCUUGACCGCCGCUCAACACUACUUCUCCAAGUUGCCCGAGCGCACACCGACAACGCCGCAACGUUCAUGUAUCCUGGGGCAGAAAACGAUCCUGAGGCGGGCGAAAAAUCCUUUGCUGCCAUUGAAGAUCCUGGCAUUGACGCCCUUCGUGGGUCAUUCGCCACGGUUGGCAGUAUCAUCCGCGCCCGUAGUGCCCGCAGGCUCAGUCAGUCAAGUCGGGGAGGCUCUUCUGCGCGUGGUGCCGGCCGUGGCCUUGGUGUUGGUGGAGGGAUGGUCGGUAGUAUGGACAGCGUACCCUUCAGUUCACUCCAUCACACCGACCAUGCGUACGAUGGGCUUACAAGACAUCAACUGUAUGAUGCUCCAGUACCAUCCGCGGCGUCCCUGCGCAGCCCGAGAAGCGAGUCAGCUGAUCGGGCUUCAUCCUUCUCAUCAACAAAAAGUCCGAGACCGACGGCAAUCAAAUUCGAUUCACAAGAUCUCGUGCACUCGUAUGUGCCGCCUGGGAGCGCAGACACCAGCGGCGCGACGUAUAGUGCUGUUCGUCCAGCUGCUGCACCGUCCAGUGGCAGUGCAGACUCGAGAAUGGGUAUACCAUCAUACCAAUAUCCACCAACUUCCUCGGUGCCUACCAUUCCUCCGCCACCGGUAUAUAUACAUGGACAGAGCGGACAGGCUUCUUCCGAUAGGAGUAGCACCGUCCAUGCGCCAGCUUCUCCCACAAAGCCCCUAUAUGUACAUCCGACCCAAUCACAAUCAUCCCAGUCCGUCCUUGUCCCACAACGUACGAAUGAUGAACCACUGGCGCCGACUGCCCCUACCCUCUCGACAGGCUUUUUAACGAGAAACAGCAGUGGUGACAGUAAUGGGACCGGAUCCCUACUAAGCACACUGGGUGCGGAUCCGUUCGAGACGCCUACAACACCUACUCCGCCAUCAGGUGAUUUAUUCUCGCAGAGUCCUGAUGACAUAUCAGAACUCCCAUCUUUGUUUGGCGGCGGUGGCGAUUCGCGCGCCGUCGGCACGAAUGCAGUACUCUCUGACAGAGAUCUUGAGACAGCCGCCCGUCAAGAGCGCAGGAGUAAUUCCACGACACAGUCAAGACGAUACCCCAUACGUGGGGUGGACGAUUCGGAGGAGCGGAUCAGCCUAUGGGAGCGUCCGUCACCUAUAGAUGAAGACGGGGACACGCACGGGCAACCUGGUGUACGGUUGGUACAACCUGCUCGGACAGGAGGGCGGUUCUAAUUAUGGGGAGACAGGGCAUGAAUUUUUAGGGGAAUUCGCGAGGGGUGCUAGUGAGGGUCGACUGCGGAUUCAUUCGAGUCGGAAUUACGUUGCGCUCAUGCGAAUUGUGACUACGGACGUAUACAUACUUAAUUUACCGAUUGGACUUUUGUCGGGUGUACCGCCCCCCUUUUUUUUCUACG